AUGAUUAAACUCCUAUUCAUAUCUAUCUAUCUAUCUAUCUAUCUAUCUAUCUAUCUAUCUAUCUAUCUAUCUAUCUAUCUAUCUAUCGCCCCUAUUCAUAUCUAUCUAUCUAUCUAUCUAUCUAUCUAUCUAUCUAUCUAUCUAUCUAUCUAUCGCCUUCUCUUUAUAUCUAUCUAUCUAUCAAUCUAUCAUUUAGCCUCAUCAUAUCUAUCUAUCUAUCUAUCUAUCUAUCUAUCUAUCACAAUCUCUUCAUAUCUAUCUAGGUAUCUAUCUACCUAUAGCAUAGCCUAUUCAUAUCUAUCUAUCUAUCUAUCUAUCUAUCUAUCUAUCUAUCGCCGUCUCUUUAUAUCUAUCUAUCUAUCUAUCACAAUCUCUUCAUAUCUAUCUAGGUAUCUAUCUACCUAUAGCAUAGCCUAUUCAUAUCUAUCUAUCUAUCUAUCUAUCUAUCUAUCUAUCUAUCUAUCUAUCGCCGUCUCUUUAUAUCUAUCUAUCUAUCUAUCUAUCUAUCACAAUCUCUUCAUAUCUAUCUUGCCUAUUCAUAUCAUAUCUAUCUAUCUAUCUAUCUAUCUAUCUAUCGCCCCUAUUCAUAUCUAUCUAUCUAUCUAUCUAUCUAUCUAUCUAUCUAUCUAUCUAUCGCCGUCUCUUUUAUAUCCAUCUAUCUAUCUAUCUAUCUACCACAAUCUCUUCUAUCUAUCUUGGCAUCUAUCUACCUAUAACAUAGCCUAUUCAUAUCUAUCUAUCUAUCUAUCUAUCUAUCUAUCUAUCGCCCCUAUUCAUAUCUAUCUAUCUAUCUAUCUAUCUAUCUAUCUAUCUAUCUAUCGCCGUCUCUUUAUAUCUAUCUAUCUAUCUAUCACAAUCUCUUCAUAUCUAUCUAGGUAUCUAUCUACCUAUAGCAUAGCCUAUUCAUAUCUAUCUAUCUAUCUAUCUAUCUAUCUAUCGCCGUCUCUUUAUAUCUAUCUAUCUAUCUAUCUAUCUACCACAAUCUCUUCAUAUCUAUCUUGGUAUCUAUCUACCUAUAACAUAGCCUAUUCAUAUCUAUCUAUCUAUCUUAUCUAUCUAUCUAUCGCCGUCUCUAUCUAUCUAUCUAUCUAUCUAUCUAUCUAUCUAUCUAUCUAUCUAUCUAUCAUUAAGCCUCAUCUUAUCUAUCUAUCUAUCUAUCUAUCUAUCACAAUCUCUUCAUAUCUAUCUAGGUAUCUAUCUACCUAUAGCAUAGCCUAUUCAUAUCUAUCUAUGUAUCUAUCGCCGUCUCUUUAUAUCUAUCUAUCUAUUCCUCUAUCUAUCUAUCUAUCGCAAUCUCUUCAUAUCUAUCUAGGUAUCUUUCGCAGUCUCUCUAUAUCUAUCUAUCUAUCUAUCUAUCUAUCUAUCUAUCUAUCUCAUAACUAUCUAGCAAUCUAUCUAUCGCACUAUCUCCCUUUCUCUAUCUCUCUAUCUAUCUAUCUAUCUAUCUAUCUAUCUAUCUAUCUAUCUAUCUCUCAAUGUAUCUCUCUCUUUCUCUCUCUAUCUCUAUCUUUCUCUCGCUCUAUCUCUAUAUAUCUAUUUCUAAUUCUCUCUCUCAUUCUCUCUCUCUUUCUCUAUCUCUCUCUUUCUCUCUCUAUCUCUCUAUGUGUCUCUCUUUCUCUCUCUAUGUAUCUCUCUCUCUUUCUCUUUCUCUUUAUCUAUCUAUCUAUCUGCAAUUCUCUAUUUCUAUCUCUUUAUGAGAUGGUGGAAGUAGCGCACAGGAGAGUGGCGGUGAGAGUCACUUUGCACCGAGUGACCCGAAAUCACUCAUUCUCUUCAUAUCCACUUCCUCCUUGCGCCACUCCAACUCUGAUUACCUACCCUUUUCCAACCUUCCUCUUCCUCAUUUCUCGUAACUGA